AUGGCCGAAUCUCAAUCCGACCAAAGCGAAAAUGAGACUCACGACGAGCGCGCUCACAGCGAACAAGAAGAUUCCAGCGAAAAUGAAUCCGGCGAUGAAUCAUCCGAGUCCGACGAUGAUUCCGACGGUGGAGGCUUGCUAGAUACCAUGGCCGCUGACGGCAGCGAAGAAGAGUCCAGCGAUGAAGAUGACGGCAUUUACCACCGCAACGACCUCACGCAGGAUUCGUAUCUCGACUCGUUCCCCCAGUUCGGUCGCCUUCCUAGUGAGUUGCGCAACACAAUCUGGGAGUUGUUCUGUCCUGAACUCUGCGCUCGGCAUCGCGUGCUCGACUUCCAGAUCUCAUAUGGAACAGCCCUGCAUCCCGACUCGGCGAGUUCUUUCGUUUGGACUGUACGCGACGGCAUCGCUCUUGGUGAUCAGACAAAGAACCUCCGCACGGUGUUUGCCGUUCACAAAGAGUCGCGCGCUCUGGCCACCAACGCUUUCCCUGAUUCUCUGAGCAUCGAUGCUGGAGCUGGAGACGCCACUGUUCGCUUUAACCGGAAUUCCGACGUUGUCCUGAUGAAUGGUCUCAGUUGUCCGCCGGGGAGAAUGGUGUUUCACCUACCAGGUUUCGCUGGCGAGGUCAAAAACUUUGCGCUUGGCGGGCCCAACAUCCUUGACGAUUUGAGUGGCUCAGACGUACCUGCGCUUUUGAGGCAAUUCACCCAACUGGAGUGCUUCUACGUGAACGUAUCAAGUACGGAUUGCCAGAAAUCGACUUUGGGGUGGUGCACGUCGGAUCUCAUCAACCGGUAUCAAACGCAAACAUACGAAAAACAGCCUGGACUAGGAGAAGACCUGCAGUUCUUGUGGUGCUGGCCUGACUUACAACGACAUCCCGACUUUGCGAGAUUUCAGAUCGACAGGGAUACAUGGGACAACUUACCAGAUCCUCUUGGAAGUGAGUUGGAACACAGAGGUCUCAAGGCAUGGCCCAUGGUCGCUUUUGAAUACGAGCGCGGCCUUCGACGAUUUGAGUUGCUACAAACCCUCGGACCGGACCUGGGCGACGACACUUCGGAUGAAGACGAAGAGGAUGACGAUGACGAUGGCGAUGGAAACAAUGGGCCCGACCUCGAUGAGUAUGAAAGCGAUGGCAUUGACGACGAUGAGAUUGUAGAGACAUACGACCCUUCAGACGAGGAGGGUAUCUCAUUAGCCAGCGGUUCCCCUCAGCCCGUCCCCCAAGAAAUCUCCGACGAUGAGGAUGACGGUGCCGGCGCAAACUUCUCCAGUCCUGAAACCGAGCCAGAAUCAGCGCCUGUACAGCGCGGACGCAAACGACGAGUGGUCUCGGACUCUGAUGACGAAGACGAGGAGGACGUGGAACCGACAGCGAAACGCGCAAGGACGGCUCGUGUCGUUGAAUCGGACGACGAAGAUGAUGAGCCAGUGAUGCAGCAAGAACAGACACGGCAGCGCUCAAGGGCGAUCGUGUCAGAUGAUGAGGAUGAGGACGAGGGCGGCGUGUCGAAAGAGCCCCGCGCAAGCGACUCCCCAAGCGAAGAAAGCGAAGAAGAAAGUGACGAAUCAGAAGAUGAAGACGCUCCGCCCAAGAAACUAUCUCUCGCUGAGAGACUACGUCUCCAUCGACAAGAGAACCCAGUGGACAACGAUUCUGAUGCAAGCAGCAGGACUGCUGACGAGGAGAGCGAAGAUGACGAUGAAGAGCGAAAUCCUUUCACGAUGGGUAUGGCGGAUGAGUCAGAUGGAGAAGGCGAAGAUGGCUAUGAUGAAGAUGACUAUUAAUUCCACAACAUUCUUGCUUCAUAUAUCGUGUCUGAAUAGAUUUUAAUGUAAUAGAGAAUCCCUCCAGCAAUGGAUCAAACAGUCUUCCCAGUAGCAAGUAGUUCAACAAAUUGCUCUAUCC